CAGUGGUGCCAAAAUGACCUGGGCGUUGGAAGCCUCAUUUCUCAAAAUUUGCAAUGGAGCAUCAAUUGGAGCAGCUACUUCGAAGCAGAAUUGGACCCCCACUAAGCAUAUUGCCUGGCUGUCACAGGCGCACGACAUUCAGAUGUCGACGAUGGAGAGCGUGGAACCUAGCGUCCUGUAACAACGUCGACUAUUGCGUGGAGCAACUCGACCUCGACGAGAUGAAGAGAUUCAUCGGAGAGCAAUCGAAAAGAGGACAAAAAGACGCGGCCAUCGGGCAAGUUGGGAGGCAUGUAGCGAAGUCGUUCGUAGAUUCGAAGCUGUGUAGAACGAUGGUAAUCUUGAGAAAGGAUAACGUAUUGAAUCGGCAGGCGGCUGUUUAUUCUUCAAAACAAAGGCAUUCUUGAGGCCAGCGACUCCGGACUUCCGAGCAAAAACUAUUGCACGCGCAAUAUACAAGCUUUAACGAGUAUGGUCCGAAGAAUCCAGCAAUUGCUAGCCUGGAUCGAGAAGGCCGACGAGAUGGGCUUUUACGAUCAAUUUGGUGGUGGGCUCGACCCGUCGAAUGCUAUCACAAUGACUGGUGCUGGGAGCGUCACCAAUUGCAAUUCCCUCACUGGACAUGUGAAUGCUGUGGCACGCACGACACUCCAGCACAGAAGCGACUCCGAAAGAGAAAGCGCAAAUAAAGCCAAUAAUGUAUAGGUGAGCCUUCAUGAAAGAAAGGUAUCCCAGUCGAAUACAUGGUAGGUUUUAGACGUGCGUGUUUGUAACCACGUCUGGCACAAAGCGACAAUUCAAUCCCCACUCAUAUGCACUGAAAUAGGUUAUGCUAUCACUUCGUAUACCCUUCCUGAGU